GUUCAGCGUCAGUAUCACUUUAUAAAUGAGAAGAAGGAAUGGGCUGAAGCUCAGAGAUACUGCAGAGAGAAAUACACAGAUCUGGCCACUGUUGACAACAUGAACGACGUGAUCCAGCUGAACAAGAGUGUGAAAGUGAAUAAUGAUGGUGUCUGGAUUGGUCUUCAGGGUACAAUUGAUUAUAAAUGGCAUUGGUCUUCAGGUGAUCCUGUGCUCUUUGUGAACUGGGCAUCUGGACAACCAUACAGUGGUGAUAAUUGUACUGUUAUAAAAAAUGGACAGUGGUUAGUGGGGGCAUGUACUGCCAUCUGGACUUUCAUCUGCUACAACAUGAGCAGAGGACUGGUGUUUGUCAAUCAGACGAUGAACUGGAGAGAUGCUCAGAGUUACUGCAGACAGAAUCACAUUGAUCUGGUCAGUGUGAGGAACCAGAAUGAGAAUCAACAGCUGGAGAAGUUCAUUAAUGACAGUCAGACAUUUGGACAUGAAGUCUGGAUCGGUCUGUUCAGAGACACAUGGCAGUGGUCAGAUCAGAGCAACUCCUCAUUCAGAUACUGGAAACCUGGUGCACCUCGAGCUUCAGAUGAUAAACGCUGUGCAGCUGUUGAAAAGAGUGCUCAGGGACAAUGGGAUGACUACUUGUGUAAUGGUAGAUGGCAGUUUCCUUUUGUGUGUCAUGAAGGUGAUUUCUGCUUUGUUUUGUGUUCAGAUAAACUGAUUGUGAUCCAGCAGAAUCUGUCGUGGUCUGAAGCUCUGAGAUACUGCAGACAGAAUCAUGUGGAUCUGGUCUCGGUUCAGUCAGUGGAGAUGCAGCGUCGUGUGAUGAACGUGGUUAAACUGGCGUCUACUGAGGCGGUGUGGUUGGGUUUACACAACUACUGCAGCAUGAACAUGUGGCUCUGGGUGAAUGGAGACAUGGUGUGCUAUCAGAACUGGGCUCCAGGGAAUGGCAGCACACCGGAAAACUGCAAACUAGAGAACAUAAAAGGAGCAGUUCAAUCUGGAAAAAAUCAGACCUGGAUCAGCCUUCCUGAAUCUCACAGACUCAACUUCAUCUGCACUAACUACUGAGAGAAAAGACGUGAGAUUGUUGGCGUUUACUUCCAUUAACUGUUUUCACACUGCAUUAUUUUAUCCUCAUUUACUUUUAAGCAUUUGAUUUUUUAAGUAAGUUUAAGGGAUUUUGCUUUUGUGUGCAGAAACAGCUGUCUAAAUGUGGACAGAAGUCUGUUUUUCCCUGUUUUAUGACAUACUAUUAUUAUUUUACAAAUGUUUAAAGGGAUGAUUCAGACAGAAAUAUAAAAAUAAUGAGCUCAUGAUUUACUCAACCUUAAGUCGUCUGUAGGUGUAAUCAAAAUUAUAAAUAUUCUUGUUCUCCUAAGGUCUACACUACCUGACAAAAGUCUUGUCAUUGAUCUUUGUUGUAAGUUAACAAAUUCAAUAACUUGACUUCUAGUUGAUCAAUUGGAAAAGUGGCAGAAGGUCGAUUUUUCUGAUGAAUCAUCUGUUGAUCUGCAUCCCAAUCAUCACCAAUACUGCAGAAGACCUACUGGAAUCAGCAUGGAGCCAAGAUUCUCAUAGAAGUCAGUCAAGUUUGAUAAAGGUGAAAUCAUGGUUUGGGGUUACAUUCAGUAUGGGGGCGUGCGAGAGAUCUGCAGAGUGGAUGAUCAACAUCAACAGCCUGAGGUAUCAAGACAUUUGUGCUGCCAAUUACAUUACAAACCAUAGGAGAGGGCAAAUUCUCCAGCAGGAUAGCGCUCCUUCCCAUAAUUCAGCCUCCACAUCAAAAGCUCCUGAAAGCAAAGAAGGUGCUCCAGGAUUGGCCAGCCCAGUCACCAGACAUGAACAUUAUUGAGCAUGUCUGGGCUAAGAUGAAGCAGGAGGCGUUGAAGAUGAACACAAAGACUCUUGAUGAACUCUGGGAGUCCUGCAAGAAGGCUUUCUUCACCAUUCCAGAUGACUUUAUUAAUCAGUGAUUUGAGUCAUUGCAGAGAUGUAUGGAUGCAGUCCUCCAAGCUCAUGAUGGAGUCAGACACAAUAUUCAUUCUGUUUCCACUGCAGCAUGACCACAUAUUCUAUACCGGACAUUAUUGAAGGUUCAGUGACCAGACUUUAGUCUGAGCAGAGUCAGACCUUACUGUCCUAAUCAAAUCAUUAAUAAUCAAGACAUGAUCAGAUUUUAUUGUGCUCAAAAAAGCCUCAUCUAGAGGCCUUUACCUUUCAUAUAAGACACUUCUGAUACCAAAUGAUCAACUAGAGGUCAAGAUAUUAUUUGCUGUUCCUUAAACCUGGAUUGGCGACAAGACUUUUGUCAAGUAGUGUAUAAUGAGAGUGAAGAGAUCUAGAUUUUGAAGCUCAUUCAUACUUAUCUAUUAUCUUUUCCACGCUCCAAAUGAUGCCAACAGAGCUCCAACUGUAAGUCAUGCUUAUCUCUGAGUAAAUCGAGAUGUGUCUGUUUGUUUACUUUCAUUGACUUUGUUCUCUAGUUUUAUAUGUUUGAUUUGUUUUUUUUUAUAGGUUCUGAGUGAAUUUACUAUUUAUUUCUGCAUUUAUCUAUCAUAAUAUAAUGAGCUGUCAAAGUUUUAACACCAAUGUUUAAGAUUAAGGUUUAAGGUUGUUCUGUUUGAGAUUCUUUAGACGUGAUGUGUGUGUGUUUUCAGAAACUGUUUUCUAGAUCUGCUGGUGUUUGGUCUCUUUAUGUGUUGCUCUGAUCAUAUAAAUGACUGGCUGAAUGUGAUUCUGUGAGCAGCAGAUCUUCAGUAAAUCCUGAUUUGUGUCUCAGCUGAAUCAAAUCUGCUUUAUUCAGGAAGGCAGAAGAGAAGUUUGGGUGUAAAAUGUGAUUGAUCCUAAAUCCU